AUGAAAUACUCCAAGCUCCCGCAGAGAGGGACCGGAAUCCCUGGCGAGAAUGACUGGAAAGAGGUCCCUGAUCUCCAUGCUUCGGCUGCGCGGGGUUGUUCGUAUGGGGAGCACGAAUGCAGAUACCUAAGCGAUUUCGCGUGGAAGCUGGGCGGCUUUCAUGUGCUACUCCCCGGCGAUAUUUCAGAUUGGGAUGUGUUCAUCUCACAUGGAAACGAUCAGGGAAAGGCUCAUUGGUAUGACAAGUUUCUCAAUCAGUGGGCUAGAGUGCAUCCUUAUGCCAUUAGCCUGAAGGAGCCUACUGGCGAUACAGGUAGCCCAGAGGCGCUGAAGCGGCUCGAGAGUUGGAUUUCGAGAUGUACACGGGAACAUCGCCAAUGCGGCGGCAUUAAGGAGACUGAGAUGCCUCGAAGACUGCUGAAGAUUGAGAAUAAGGAUGGAGGUGGGCUACGCUUGGUUGAAACACACGGCAAAUUUGGCAAAUAUGCUUGCUUGAGUCACAGGUGGUGCCACGAAACCGAGCUUGCAUCUUUGAAAAAAACGAAUCUUGAAUCCUUCAAGCGGGAGAUUCCACCUCAUUUGGUUUAUCCUUUGCUCAAGGAUGUGAUAAAAGUCGUGGCACACUGCGGUCUGGAAUACGUCUGGAUCGACUGCAUGUGCAUCAUCCAGGAUGAUGCAGUGGAUUGGGCGAGAGAAGCGGUAUGUAUGGCAUCGAUAUACAUGAACGCAUUCAUCACGAUUGCUGCCACGGGCUGUGAAAAUGGGGCAAAUGGGUUGUUUCGGUCUCCAUCAGGCUAUCAGUCAUGGAUGAUUAGGAAGACUCGCGGACGAUCAGUUUUUACGAGACCUCGCCAUGAGCUUCCAGUCCACAAGACCAGCGGCGUGGCUGCCACUUCCCCUCUUUUGAGCCGGGGAUGGGUGUUCCAAGAAUUUAAACUGUCGAAGCGUAUUGUUCAUUUCAUGAAGGAAGAGCUGAUUUGGGAAUGUGCUGAAGGGAGGUGGUGUGAGUGUGAAGACGGAACUUUCCCGACACGGGACACGCGCGGAGGCAUGAUAGAAUUCAGCACCGACACCAGUGACCUGCCAUGGGACUGGGCUAUCGAACAAUACACGCGACUUGACUUCACAAACAGCUCUGAUCGUCUACCUGCUAUUGGAGGUGUUGCCAAAAGCCAUGCUCAAAAGACUGGCAACAGCUAUCUAGCUGGUCUGUGGAUAGAAGAGCUGGAAAACGAUUUGCUUUGGGUCCGUAUUGGUAAGCUCAAGGGACGACCGAAAGCAUUACAAGCACCGACCUGGUCCUGGGCAUCUAUAAGUUCUGCCAUAGCACCAGCAGAGAACCCUCCCAAUUCGAAGGAUUCGUCAGAGUCUAAACCUUCGAAGAACUCGUCGGAGUCUGAACCCGAUGGUGCUGGGGGGCAAUUCAGACUUGCUUUUCAAGAUAUCGCUUCAGCCAGCGUGGUGUAUCUUGACCAUAUGGGGAGCCCUCUCGAGGGACCUUCAACAGAGAAUGACCCUCUGAGCAAUGAUCUAUUGCCGGAAGACUCUGUAGAUGAAAGCUCGGUUGAAGAUGACUCUUUGGAUGAACAGUGGAGUGACGACUCACAAAUCGGAGACAUCGCAGAGUCUCAGAAUAACAAUGGUGAUCUUUCUAAUCGGAAGAUGAAGAUAAGAGGUUGGAGCAUACAGCCAGUAGAGGGCGGCGAUGAGUACGGCUGUCUUGAGAAAUCGCAGUUACAAGUACAGGCAAUGACUGGCGAGGGUCUUCUUUUCGAUAAGGAAGAAUGGCGUACAUCAAUGAAGGGUCCAACACUUCCUACCGCUCAUGGCACGCCAGACAGCUGGUACAUGAAAGUCGGGAAAAUCAACUUUUCAGUGAGACCAGAUUAUGACUUUUCUCAGCCUGGCACAUAUAAUAUUCGGUCGGGCUCGCCAGCGACAUUUAUGGAGAUACGGAGGAGUAUCGAAUCUGCUGAGGGGAUAGUUCUACGCUGUGUUGAUCAAAAACAUCAGAUUUAUGAAAGGAUUGGCUCGUUCAAUCACGGAAUUCCAGAGAAGGUAGCUGCUCGUUUGUUAUCCCAGACAACUGAGUCAUACAUUACGAUCCAAUGA